CUAUAGUCUCGCGCGGGGUCAAGCCAGUUGGCAACAGACCAUCGAGCGGGUCGCGCGCGCGCGAGAGAGAGAGAGUUCCGCGGCCGCGUUCUGGCACUCUCCUUUACCCUCCCGGCCGCUCCGUGCGCGCUCCGUUUCUUCGUCAGACGUUUUCUUCUUUUUUUCUCUUCUUCCUCCUUCGCGUGUCGCAGCGUCCGCGAGGAAGCGCGUCCCUCCGCGUGCAGGAGGAGCAGGAGCAGGAGGAGGAGGUGGCGGACCAGUGGUGAUCCGGACUGAUCGUCGUUGUCAUCAUCCGCGCGACGCUGCGCCGACGGUCGGCUGCCAUGGGGCCCGUCGACGGGAUCAUUUGACCCACGGGAACGACUCCAGGCUCGUCGGUGGGAUCGUGAGCAGACUCGCGUGAGCGCUACGAAUCGGUAUGCACUGCCUAGGUGCGGUGACGGGAGGAGGCACCUCCAGCCCGAACGGGGCUGGCGGUCGGGGUGGUGUUCUUAGCGUGUUCCGAGCCCUUGGAGUCCUUGUGUGCGAAGGGAGAAUCCAGGGCCCUCCGCGUGGCUAUAAAGAGGGCCCACACUGCGCACCGCCUAUGCAGGCGGUUCCAAACGACCACGUGUGCGAGGAGACCAACUAUCUGUGCAAUCGAUAUCGAGUACUAAUUCAGGACAUCACGGAACGCCUCGCUGUUGGAUCAUACCUGUGCGUUGAGGUGCUUUUGUGCAGCGAUUGUCCGUGUGGUUUGGCAAAGUCUACUUGCAAAUAUCCUGUAUACCCCGUACCGUCCUUACCCAUUUCACCAUGGCAGAAAUGUGCUUCGGAGAUGUUAUUGGAGUACUGGUGUAUCUGCGUUGUCCCGAGCAAGAGUCAGGAACCGAUGAAUUUUCAAGGAUUAUACCAAGCAGUGCGUUCACGGUUACACUUCAGCCAGGUUGCAGCGUGGUGGUCACGCAGCAACGGCGCGGCGCCAAGCUACAUAGCGACCCGGAUCGUAUCGCACAACGAGGAUAAUCUCAGCAAGUUCCGAGAAACGUCGAUGGAGCAUACCUUUCCUCUGGCUGGUAACGGCGAUGGAAAUUCGAUCAAGGUGACCAUGUGGGCACUGCCGCGGAUGGAGGAGGUGCCCGUACUCACGUGUUCACUGCACCCGAAAAUAGAAAAGGACGAAGAGGAUAUCGCGAGGGCGUUAACGCCCACCAAGAGCAUCUCGAUGGGAUCCGGCAGCACGCAAAAUCCAGAGGGUCUUGUUUUACCUGUUCUCGUGGACGACAGACUGCAAACCACUUGUAACAAAUCUGGCAAACACGACUGUCGUUGCGAAGAGGAGGACACGUCCCCUCUGUCGCCUACCAUCAGAUCCAAUGGUGAACGGAAACGUCGUCGAUCGCUUCCCUGUGGUCCUGCGGAGAGUUUUUGUGUGUCCUCGCAAUCGGCGCCGUUGCCGUACGUUCAGGAAUACAUGCCACAGGAAAUAAGGGACAACACCAGCUCGAGCUUAACGAGAGGUUCUGCCGAGAUAGCAAACAACAACCGUAGCGUUAUGAGAAUAUCAUCUUUUCAGAAUAAAUUAGAGAACAAAAACGAGGUAAGGACUCAUAAUAAUCGGAACUCGGACCUGGAACGCUGCUUCAAGAUCAAUUUAAAAAUCGAAGAACUUGAGGGCAACUUGGAGAAACGUUGCAAGCAUACAAUGACAGACGUCGCAGAGAUUGCCAACUCGAAGAACAUUGAUCGGAUCGAAGAAGGCUAUAAUAAUUCCGCUAAGAACUCGACCAAUCUCGGAAGAGAACACGGUGGCUCCUCAUAUGCGGAUAUCAUUUCUGCAAAGAGUGGUGGCAUAUUGCACAAUCUCAGUCCUUUUGCUCCCACCAGCUGGUCCUUCGUUUCCUCUUGGCAGAAUAGCAAUAUGAAUAGUAAAUUUCAAAGUUUCCGCGGUGCGAAGGAAGCUCGUUUCAACGAUUCCGAAAAAAAUUACAAGCUGCCGACUGUCGGAUCCAACCACCCUCCGAUCAAUCCCUACGCACAGCCCAAUCCCUUCCACGAGUCAAAUCCUGGACCUUCGACGCAUAAAUGGACGCAAAAAACACUAGACAAUUCUGCUUGCAUGGUACAUCAGAGUUAUCCUUCCAAAAAUAUCCAUAAGGUUAUGACUUUGUUAGCCGAUCAAGACGCAUUGGAGAUUAACAAGGAAGAUAGUAUCGUCAAGAGUAGUCAGAGAAAAACUGGCAAGUCAGACUUAAAUCAAUUAAUGUGGAAACUGCCGGGUCCGGAUGAGAAAGAAAAGAGGGAAGAAGGAGGAUUACUAGAGUGGUUCAGCAAAGUACCUGGAAGAGUCUUGGGUGUUACGGCAACGAAGGGCUACGUUGAUAGCAACAAGAUGAAGAACGAAGGAUUGAAACAGCAUCCGGAGCAUCCGAAUGGGCAGCAGGGUACCAACGAGAUCAAGUUCAAGAACUGCAAUCUCGAAUUAAGCCAGCGAGAGGUCGACGAAGUGUUAGCGGUACUGCGAGCGAGAACACCGUCGGGACGUAGAAGAGCCACCGUUAAGAAUGCGAGGAAACGCGGAGAACGAUCCGAAAGGGGCAGUGAUGACACGGCAAAAUACACGGGUUGGGAGGAAGGAGUAGUUCAGAGUAAUUCGAUAAAUCGCGUUGGAACAGUUCGAGUUCGUACACUUAAAUCCUGCGAGGAUUGUAGCCGUGGGUUGUGCAAGAAGAUAGACCAUCAGGUAUCAGAAGAACAAUCAAGCCCUCUAGAUCGGGUCUAUUACGACAAGAAUGUUUAUCGGCCUGCCCGCUCGAAACUUGCCGAAGGCACCAAGUUAAACGAUGAUUCGCAAGUGAAAACACACGCGAACGAGGAUGCGGAUCAUUUGCGAAAUGUUUCCACUAAAGCUGACGUGCUGCUCGGAGCCAUUCUGCGGACCAGUAAGGACCGAAAGGACCUGUCGGAUAUUUCAUCAAACGGGACCAGACCAAGGUCGACGACUAGCAUUGACGACGACAGCAGCGACGACGAUUCUCACUUUUCGAGCAUCGAGAAGCUCGAUCAGCAGGACCACAAAACCACCUCGUCUAAUGACGAGAAAUUUUUGCCGCUGAAUAAGAGAUUCCAUCGGUUCCGACAGAUGUUUAAGAAAGAAAUGGAUAAGAGGAUCGCUUUGAUAUCGGAGGAGAGUUCCUCCUCGCAGGAGACCUCGCCGAGUCCGACGCUGCCGCAACGUCUCAAUACAGCGUCGUUUCGCUAUAACAACGAACAACCGAAUCUACAUAGCGCAAGGUACAGCAAAACUAAACGGCGAAUCGACUUCACAAACUUCCCGGAGGCUACCGAGGAGAAAGAGGAUGCUGCGACGUUCAGUACAAAAGACGCACAUCAAAAGCCACGCAAUAUGCAUAGUACAAAUAAUAAUGAUCGCGAAUGCGAUUCCGAUGGCCUAAACAACCAGGAGAAUCAUUGCGACAGGCGGCUAAUCGAAGAUACGAAGGAACCUUUUGAGAAUAAAGAGCAGGAUGAGAAUACGAAGGACAUUGCUACUCUUCAGAAGAGCAAUUUGACUACUCCAACUAUUCCGCAAAGCGGACAUUCGUCUUCCAAGCUACGAAACAACAAUCACAAGGACAGUAUCGCAGAGACGGGAGACGACGAAACUGUCGACAAGAGCGUGCCGUCCGCGCUCGAGCAGGAGAGAUUCCGCCGAUCCCUGGAAAACGCAGCGUCGAUGGUAUUCCAUAGCAGGACUGGUUUGCCGUUGACCUCUAGUCCAGCGCCGUUGAGGAGAGGCAGCUGUUGCUUCGACUACGACAGCAGCUUGAAUUCCGUUUCCUCUAAAAGAAACGCGUUGUUCGAAUUAAAUACACCGCCGAGUCCGGGCGCAGUCUCGCUGGAAGAAACCGAUCGCGAUGCGGAAACCGCCGGUGAAGGCGAGGAAACACCCAAAAGACGUUCCAGCUCCCGUCACCGACCACAGAGUCACGCUCUUCUAGGCAGCUUCGAGGAAUCGGCGUUGAACGGUAGACUCGAACCGGUGUCCACGGUUCACGGUUUCACAGCGGAACUCGGGGCCAGCGGUUCCUUCUGCCCGAAACAUCAGAAGCUUCCAGUCACUGUGUUCUUCUACACACUCGGUGACAACGAUAAAGUUUCCACACCAUACCUUGCUCAUAUUAAUCUCGAGAAAAAGGGCUAUCAGGUACCAAGAAGUGGCACCAUUCAAGUGACUCUUCUGAAUCCGUUGGGUACAGUCGUUAAGAUGUUCGUAGUAUUGUACGAUCUUUCCGAUAUGCCGCCGCGAUCUCAUACUUUUUUACGUCAAAGGACACUGCGGGACAAAACACUACGCUACCUCGUUCACCUUAGAUUUAUGUCCAGCAAAUCGGGUCGAAUUUAUCUGCAUACGGACAUUCGUAUGAUCAUCUGUCGGAAGUCGGACGUGGACACGGCGUCGGAUUUGGGCUCGGAACCGCCGAAAGAACUCAGAAGUUACAUCCACGGUCCUACAAAUCCGAAAUUUUCGCCAAGAUGCUGAGCCACGUGGUAUUUUCCAUGGGGCUGCUGCCAAUCGUUCCGCCCGCCCAGCCCCCUUCAAGUCGAACUGUGAUCGAUAAACGAUCGAAUAAGAUAUCAAAUUAGAAAUCAAUUUUUGUUCUUUUAACCCUUUGCGCUUGACGAUAUAGACGAUUACAAUUCUUUUGUGCUAGUGUAAAAAAAAAACAAUCUAAAUGUUCUUAUUAAUUUAUUAAUUAAUUUAAUUUCUCACUGGCAAGUAGAAACAAGUUAUUAUGUUAAUCGAUUGUAAUAAUGUUAAGAUGAUAAAUGUAGCUCUCAAUAUUACUACAAAACAUUAUUUCUUUCUAAAUUAUUUUAAAUCGCGAAGGGUUAAGAGGGAAUCGAGAAUCGAAAAAACGCGAGAAUACAGUGAGAAGAAUUUGAAAGAUUACGAAUGGAUUUAACCGUUCAUGUUGGAACAAUAAUUUAUACGUUUGCAAUAUUUUUUUCUCUCUCUCUCCUUUUCGCAAAAUUAAUAGUUCGGGCCUUUUGCGUUGUCCGGUACAGAAUUAACUCUUGAAUAUUGACAAUUCCAACACGAAUGGUUUGUAAAAUUGACUCGAAAUUGCGAUUAUACUCCCGGUCUCAUUUUAAUCCGUGGUUUGUGCUUGCAGAACAGAAUGCUGCAUAUAAAUACAAUAGGAUAAGUUCGCGCAGUUUUUGUUUUAAAUUUGUUUCUAUAUUAUAAUAAUAGCGAUAUAUAUAUUUAUAUAUAUAUAUUUAUAUAAUUUGGAAAAUUCUGUUAAAUUAAACCGAUUAGUCUUUCUAAUUUCGAUCUAGCGUGUAAUAAUCAUGAAAAUGGAAAAUCAAUCGACUCGAAACUCGCAUUAGGAAUUUAUUUUGGAUUUCUUUGUCCUGUGCAUCUAUUGUAAUUAUUGCUUUAGUGUUGGGUAACCAUUUCAUUUAUGGAGUUUAUCGCAAGCUGGACGAUCUCGUUGAGAGGCCAUUUUUCUCAACUUAUUGCUGUAAAUAUAGUCACGCGUAGAGAGUAAGUUGAGUAAGAGUUUUUAAGCAGGAUGAUAUAUAUAUGUAUGUAUAUGUAUAUAUACAUAUAUAUGUACAUAUAUAUGUAUACUGCCAUUGUGUGUGUAGCACUCUACGUUUAAACGAAAAAAGUGAUAUGAGUGUGGAAAAACGUCGACGAAUUCGGUUUCGCUUUCCGAUGGAGCAAAAUUGAGAAAGAUCAAAACGUGUUGUGAUUGAAUGAUAUGUGCAAUGAAAAGUACAAAGUUAUUCGUGCAUUACUUCAUGUUUUUGCAGCGAAUCGUUGUAAUUUCUGACGAGGAGGUAUAACCCGAGAAAAAGAAAAUCAAAAUUCUUUUUCCGGAAAACAAAAUGUGAUUUUUGUGAUUUGCGUGAUUGUGAUUUGUUUCCUUUUUCUUCCUUGUGAUUCGGGACGAACGCGAGCGAGUGAACGCGACCGAAAUUCGUGGGUUUUUCCAGGGAGUAAAAAAAAAUGAUUAUUUACAUAUAUAUAUGUAUAUAUACAUAAACCAGAACACAAUCUUUGUGUCCGUAGCACUGUGAUGAAUAUUUUGAUAGACUAUAAAAAAAAAGAGUAAUUAUUAUUACAGAUUAAUAACUAUUUCUGGAUAGCAGACACGUCAUAGAUUUAAUCGAUUCUAUUAAUACGUCGUGCGAGGAAAUAUAAUCGUGCGUAAUUUACUAACUAGCCGCAAGAUGAUGAUACGCCCUUGAUAUGCCUGUUUUAAAGCAAACGAACGUGACAAAAAAAAUUCGCGUUUUCCUUUAUUUUUCUAAAAAUGCUUCACGUAAAUUGCGCUGGAGAAUUACGCGAACAAUUGGGAAGGCCUUGUCUUUGAUCUUUCACCAGCGAAUACUUUGAUCUAUGAUUUAUGAUCAAGUCCUUCUUUUUUCUUCUUCAUGAAACAGUUUAACUUAACUGGUUCAUGAAGGAAAGAAAAUGCAUAUCUACGAACACAGUCUUUCUGCAUAGGGAGAUUUUUAAUUGUAUGUCAAUACAUCAGCAGUAGAAUCUAGAGAAGUAAAUAAAAAAUAUUAAUUUUUUAUAAGCUUACUCAACAUAAACUUUUAUGAAGGGAGAUAACAUAUUAUUAAUAUUCAAUAUUGCAGUUUAUAAAAAUUUAAAAUCUUUAUAAAGUUGUAUAUAGAUAUGAUUCUAUUGCUUUAUAUACUUGUAAAUGAUUUUAUUGCUUUAUACUUGAAAUGUUCAUGUCAUGAAUCUACUGAUCAGUGAAUGUUUUAGUUGUAUAAUUUUAAUCGAACCGAGUUUCGCACAGUUAAAGUGUCGAAAGCAAAAGAACAAGGCUUCGUUAUCGUUCGCGUCUUUCUCACCACGAGUUAGAAGAAGGUAGCUUUCACUCCUUCAAAAAUAAAUUAACUUUGUAGAAUAUCGCGGUAUGUAUAAAAGUCGCUGUACGUAUAAAGAGAGAUUAUUUUUAAUUGUUAUUUUUUAGCGGAGUAAUUGGAUAAUCGUAUAUAUAACAAUCAAAAAAAAGUAUAAUAAUGGCACAUUUAAUUUUGGUAAAAAAGAAACGAAUGUCGAUAUUCGCGCUCCCGUCUGAUUUUAUAUUUAUUUCGUCUUGGUCUACUUUUUUUUUAGAGAAACGUAUAACUCUCCUUAUAAGCGAUUUUAAACAUUUAAUCGAAUUCUUUAUUUUUCUUUCAAGUGUAUACCGAAAUUUUUCACGAAGAUGUUUGAAAGUUUUAGAUACAAUAUUUUAAAAUUUUUAUCUUUCUCCGAGAAACUUUUUACGAUUAAAAUUUUCUUUUUUUUUUCAAACAGACGUUGUGACAUGAAGAUUGAUGUAAUUUACGCGCUUACAUUCGUAAAACCAAUAAUAAAUGAAAGAGAUAAAUCUCGAUUCCUUUUCCACUUGGACAAUUGUGUGUAAAUUAACUUCGUCAAUUAUUUCCGAUUGUAAUGAAACACGAAUUUGCAACAAUCAAAUUAUUUUCCGCAUAUUUUUUUUUAUCGAGGCUGAAAACAUCGUGUAUUCCGAUAGGCUGACGUGACGGUGAAAAUUAAAUUCGUGCACCACUUUUCCGCCAGAUCGAUUAGCUAGAUACGCGUCUUUUGAACGGUGAGAACUCGAGGACAUUGUACAGAACGAUAGCGAGAGCGCGUGCGCCUCUUGUUUUAACGACUAUAACCGUUGUUAAAUACAUUUUGUCGAUGUUUUCUUUUUUGAGAAAUAAAGUAGAGUGUCGAGACGAUAAUUAUUAUGAUAAAUCGAUCGUUGAAGUUUAUUCGAGGGACAAAUCCUAACUCGGAUCCGUAGAUAAAAUUGCAAGCGGCAGAGUAGAGCAUAGAGUGAAAAUGGCAAGGAUAUGUAAAUAUAUAAAUAUAUAUCACUGCCGUGUUCUCGUUGUAUAUAAUUUACAUAGGGUGGCGUAAAAAAAAAGCACCCCGACGGUCCUUGCGUAAAGAGUUUCGAUUAGCGAUAAAGUAACAGUGAGUGUUGUUGCGCUUUAGCAAAAUAAUGAAGCGACUCUUUGAGUACAACAUUUGUCGCUUCGACAAAACUCGUUAUCGUGGCAUCGACUCGGGCUGACCCGGGCCAAGAUCCACCAUCUUUUCUUGCGCCACCCAGCAACACUGGCGACCGCGUCUUACGGCGAUUGUAACCGAUUUUAGCUGUAUUUUUCCGGCUUGGUCGAGAAAUCUUGUUAGCGAAGUUUACCGAGAAGUAAGCAAAUACAUCAAACGAUAUGUGCAUUGGA